AUGAAUGAGCUCCACGCGCGGCGCCGGGCCCAGGCGAUGAUGUUCCACCAGCUCAUGCGCAGCCACGGCACGCUCUGGGCGGCCACCCAGCUCACCCGCGAGCCCCUCGACCUCGGCUUCGUCAAGGAGGAGUUCAUGCGGGUGAACGGGCGCCGCUGCGGGCCGUUGUUAACCCGCGCCGCCGCCGAGAAGGGCGGGCUCGGCGAGAGCCAUUUCACCCACCUCACCGAACACGCCGCGUGGGGCGAGAGCUUCCGCGCCUACGCCGUCCAGCAGCAGACCCCGAUGACGAAACAUAUCGCCGCGAUGGGGCGGAUGGGCGAGACCAUCGCCCAGGCGCGUUCCGCCACGACGGCGCAGGGCUUAUUUCUGGAGUAUAUGGCGGCGAUUGAUGGUAUUAGCACCUUUGAGCAGGAAUCCACACUAGACGAGGAGGAGUUUGAAUGA